AUGGCUUUCUCCGCUUGGACUUGCGCUCUCUUCGGUGUGGCGCUUGCCAAGGCCCCAACGGAGCCGGCGACAAGGAUCCACAUGGCGACCUUCUCCACCGACAUGUACUCGGAGCGCUUCCGGGAAUCGCUGAGAGCCAAGGAGAGCUAUGCCAAGCACUGGGGCUACUCCUUCAAGGUCUUCGACGAAAGUUCGCUGGACUGUGAAAAGUUUCGCGCGUUCCGGUUUCGGGGUGACUACCGCUACUGCAAGCUGGAGGCUCUGAAAGCCACUUGGCGCCGAGUUGCGAAGGAUCGCAAAGCCGAUGCUGACGCCACCAGGCGCGACUACAUCUUCUGGCAUGACGUCGACACGCACAUCAUGCGCCCGGAGACUGCUUUGGUAGAAUUUCUCACAGCAGCGGAUUUUGCGCCAGUCGUCUUCACCGAUAACGCGCUGUCCCUCAACAACGGCGUCUUCUUUCUGGAGGUCUCCCAGGAAGGGCCGUCGAAGUCUUUCUUUCAAGCCUGGAGACGCGGCUGCCGCACUGGGGAAUGGCCCUGGGCGGACAACGGCUGCAUGUACGAGGUCCUCCUUCAGCACCUCGGCGGUCAGCGCUAUGACGGCCACUGCGCGCGGCAGUUUCGGCAGGAGGAGUUCGACGAGGCACGGCCCGAGCCGCCCACGGGGGAGCAGCUCAUGGCAUGCUUCAACACCCAGAUGACUUCGCUGGGCAUGGGCUGCUGUGGUCGAGAGAGGCAGAUCGAAGGCUUCGCCUUCUUGACCGGCGUUCAGGAGGCUUUCAACCACCACCCCUGCGACGAGCUCGAGAAAUCUCGUGCGUUUCAGGACUACGACCGGUCGCUGAUACGGCAGCACUGCUUUGAAGACGGUAUGUUCAUGGUCCACUCCAAGGACGUCAAGUACGCCAAGGAGUCUGCAAGGAGAGUGCGCGACCUCGCAGAGACGCGAGAGGAAGAGCUGUAG